AGAUUAAUGUUGACAUGAGUACUUCGUAUGCGAAAGAGUUGGCGUCAACCAGCAGAGCGGAUGACCAAACAAAAUUUGAACUUCUGGUGCUGAUCGAACGCUUCUUGGCCAGCGGUCCAUGCAAGAAAGGUGCGAGAGUUUUACGGCGUGAAAUCGAAGAACAGCGACUAUUACCAGUCCGACAUGACUUCCAAGGGCUCACUUAUCCGCGGACUUACGCUGACAUAAUAUCCGCAAUGAAACCAUCUGAUCCAACUCUACUCGCCAUGAUUGAGAGACUUGCAGUGCUAGCGGAUGCAGCCGUUCCUCCAUCCGUGCAUGGCCUUCCUCUGCGUCUGAUCUCGAAUAAGCGAAAUUCUCUCGUAAGAACUACGGAGAGCGCAUCAAAGGUGGAUUACUCCGCACGGGUAUUAGCUCAGAUGCCUGUCUCGAAGCAUAUCCUCAAUAAUGUUAGGUUGGUCACUUGUCGAGAGUUUGGUACACGAGUGGGUAGAACACGUCUUCCGGGUGUUGGAUCUAUAGAUCAGAUGGAACGCCAUUACCGUGUAUUGGGACAUUUGUCGAUGGUUUAUUGUGUCACUUUCGAUCGAACAGGGAAUUACGUUCUGACGGGAGCAGACGACAAUCUUGUGAAGGUUUGGGAUGUAAAUCAAGGACUCCUCCGAUUCACCUAUCGCGGACACUCUGCUGAGGUGGCGGACGUAGCAGUGUCAUAUUGUAACCAAAUGAUUGCUUCAGGAAGUGUAGACAAGUCCAUACGAGUGUGGUCGCUGUCCAGCGGUGAGACAAUGCAAGUUUUUCAUCUCCAUACGGCCGUGGUUGCACGUGUGAAGUUUCUGCCAUUUGUCGACCAAACACGUAGGUAUCUUGUGUCAUGUGCUCUUGACUGCAAAGUCAUAUUCUACCCAUAUGACGAGAACACCAAGGAAUUCGUGCAAAGUGAUAUUGCGAUUUUUGACGAGCGUGAAUCACCAGGAGCUCGUAUCAUCUCACUCUGUCAUAGUCCGAGCGGGCAGUGGAUCGUAGUUGGCGACACCCAUUUUUACUUACGCGUUUUUCGAAUUUUGCGCGGACUUGACGGAGGUGCAACGAAAUUUACCGACAUUUGUGCGCAUAAAGACCGAGUUGACAGCCUAGAAUGGGCUCACGCAGGUUGUCAGUUUGCAUCCGGCAGCCGCGAUGGUGUGGCAAAAGUAUGGAGAUUCUCAUGCGGAAAGUGGCGCUCAAUCUCGCUCAUUGUCCCAGGCUUUGAACCUACUGAGGCUCACGUAUCUGCGUUAGCUUCUAGUGAGCGACCGAAGAGCAAGUACAGAGUAACAAUGCUAUGUUGGUCAUUAGACGACACAAUGCUUGUGACUGCCGGUUCGGACUACAUAUUGAGAGUUUGGAACAGGAAAGGCGAAAUGUUGAGAAGUCUCUCCGGUCACACUGAUGACUCUUUUGUUCUCAAAGCUCAUCCUGUUUUUGCUAAUGUGAUCCUUAGUUGUGGUCAUGAUGGAAUGUUGGUGUUCUGGGAUAUUGUGAGGGGUGAAAAACUCAAACGAUUCACAAACGUCGUCGAGCACCGUGGACACUCCGCUCUUUUUGAUCUUGACAUAUCCCGCGAUGGCUGCACGGUCGCGGCUGUCGAUUCACUCGGUCAUCUCACUGUCUAUGGAGUAGCUUCAAAAACAACUCGACCCAUCCCCAAGCAGCAAUUCUUCAACACAGACUACAUGCCGCUACUGAUGGACGAUACUGGAUGGGUAGUGGACGAAGCUACAGGGGUAGUUCCGCAUUUGCUUCCACCUCCCCUACUCACUGAUCAGGACCUUGUUCCUCUCGGUGACGAAUGGCAGAAUGCUGUUCCUGGUAGAGAUCUUAUCAAGAAGACCGAUGGGACCUUUGAGCCGUUUUCAUCACCCUGGACUACGCGACAAAUUGUGCCGCCUCUGUCGAUAAACGACCGGAAUUUUUGGGCAAAGGAAGCCGAGGCUGUAGCAGAUCAAGAAACCUACGAAUAUAUCAUUGAAUCGACAAAAGAACCCGAACCUGAGCCAGAACCUGUCGAAAUCUUUGUUCCACUGAACGAAAACCACAGAAGGGCGACUGCUAGAUAUCGGGGUACCAUGCGCGAACCUCCGCUGAUUCAACGACUUGAACGACCAAGCCGUCGACAGCGCCCACCAACUUUGGACGAAGCAAUUGCUGCGCAAGAUGCUAGAAGAGCAGCUGCUGCAAUGGAAAAUUACCAAAGCGACAUGGAUGACAGCUACAGCAAUUCCGAAAGCUCAUCGGAGGAUGAUGCCAGCUCGGACUCUGAUACCAGCGAUUCUGACUUUUCUGUUGGAUCCGUCGGCAGUGGACGGCAUCAUGAAGAAGAUGAAGAGAAGGUGGAAACAGCUGUAACUACAUCAUCUGGUCGACGAGUGCAGCGGCCACAACGAAUAGACGGAGCCAUGCCCGAAGAAGGGCGAAAAAGGGAUUCACGUCGCCGGAACAGAGCUACAGAUAAUGAUGACUCUUCUGCUACUGAAGUGAGAUCACCUGAAGAAGACGAGUCAGAUGUUCCUGGUCCGUCUACAGUAGAUGUCAUUCCUACGAAAAAGCCGACACGCCCGAGACAAAAGAGAGAAAGCUUCCUCGACUCUUUUCCCGAAUGGAUGCGGAUGACCGAACCGCGGCGGUUUCCAUAUAUCGCCCAACUUGGCGAUCACGUAGUCUAUUUCCGGCAAGGGCAUGAGUCAUACCUGGAAAGGGUCGAAGCUCUCAACUUAUACCCUAUUAGUUCAAAAAUGAGACCGAAGCCAUCGCUUGCUGCCGAAGAAUUUGGUAUUGUUGACGAGGUUCGAUACGUACGAAAGCCAUAUCGUUUGACAGUUGUCCGACUGGCGCAAACGGACGGUGACGGACAACGAACUGGUGCAUCUUGGACAGUUAAAUUCCACGACCUAGCAAACGUGCCAGAUUUUAUUAUUCUGAAAGAGCACUAUGACGCAUCAGUCGCGCAAAAUGUUCAGGAAGGAGAUAGAAUUGAAGCCAUUCUCGAUGGUCAGUGGUGGACGGGUACCGUAAAUCGAAAGGAACCCAAAUCUGAAGAAUUUCCCAGUUCGCUCUGGUUCUGUCUGCGUAUUCUGUGGGAUUCCGGAGAAGAGGAUAUAAUGAGUCCAUGGGAUUGUCAGCCAAGAUCAGGAACGAGGAGAUCAGGUGAUGUUGCCACUGAGGAGGAUCAGCUUGCGUUUGCAUUCAUCGAGGUAGACAGUGAUUGGCCUGAUUCGAGUGGUCGCACACCGUCUGAGGCGAAGGAGCUGUGCUGCGCUCGAAUGUUUGAUGCGGUCUCCAAACUCAGUGUGCGUGACACCGUUGAACCUUUCGCGUACCCAGUCAGCUUGGAGGCUUUCCCGCAUUAUGCAGCCAACAUUGAUUAUCCAAUCGAUCUCGAUACGAUAGCGAAUCGUUUGAAGAACAGCUUUUACAGGAGACUUACUGCGUUUCACCAAGAUGUUCGUCAGCUUGCUGUAGCAGCAGAGCAGUUCAAUGAACCAUCUAGCGCCAUAGUACGCAACUCUCGCAUCGUAGUGGAGGCACUAAUACGUUUUUCUCGUGAUCCGCUAAUGGAUGACAUUGUCAAUCUAUACGACAGCUUGUUCGAUCUUCCAUCCGAACAGAUAGUAGAGUACACCAAAAGGUUAUUGCCUAAAAUUGCUGUAGACGGUGAAAUACUCAAGCACCUUGCUGAGAGUGGUGCCAACGAUGCACCAGUGGAACCAGGUUGGAAGACAGAUUGUCGAGCCAUACUGCGCUCAGUUAUGGCCGAUCCAUGUGCAUCACAUUUCCUCGAAGCGAAUGCGGCCGUGAACGAGGACGUGGCUGGGGCGUUGCAGCAGACAUGUGAUCUGAAGUCGUUAAUGGAAGCACUUGAACGCGGGGAUAUUGAUCAACCAGCCACAUUGCUUCACGAUGUUGAGAAGAUGGUGCAUGCGUGCAAGACCAGUAUAGACGACAAACGUUCGCCGAUCUACCGAGAUAGCUUAGCGCUUGGAAGUUUGUUUGCUGAACGGAUGAAAGGUGUUGUGAGCCAAUAUGAGCGAAUCUGGAAAAGUUUGAUCGAUCCCGCUGGAAGAAGUUUACGGAGACGAAUUCGUCGAGAACGCACACAAUCCAAAUACAAUACGCGAAGCCAUGAUCGAAACGGUUUUGAUUUUGACCCUCAACAACCGUCAACAUCACAGUCUGCUCCUCUCAAUGGAAGUUCGCCCGGAUUUUAUCGGAACUUGGUGAAUGGAAGGCUGCCCACAGAAAGUCCUAACCGCCGGCAGCAUACGGGGCGAACGCUCUCUCCUUCUGUUGCCUCACCCUUACCGCGAUCUAGAAUGGGUAGAGCCUCGGAUUUGCCUUCUUCUUCUAGACAGUUGCUAGAUAGUGCAUCUAUAGCAAGCGAUGACAGUGUCCCGUCUAUCUCAAGUCCACAUACCAGAAGAUCGUCGAGGAAGAGACAGUUAGCUCAAGAGUUGUCUCAUGGAUCCAACCAAUCACCCACUAGAGCGCCUACGCUGUCAUCUCCUGCUUCGUCAAGGCUAAGAAGUGACAAUGAACAUGUCGAUUCGCUAGCAGAGGAUAACGAGGAAAACGAUGAGGAUAGUUUAUACGAUGAAAAUGAUUCGGAAGAAGCUGUUCGCAAUUCCCGUACGAGACAGAAGAGGAGAGCACGUCGAAGCAGUGAAGAUUCCGAAGCAGUACCUUGCUCUCAGCCUACUCGCAGGACUACUAAUGGGCGAUACUCAACACGUUCUGCAAAUAUGGCCAAACGUCGUCGAAUUGAAAGUGAAAGCGAGCAGGAGUUGUCACCGCGACGCAGUCGCAGCUCUCGCCGGAACACGACUGCCAUCAGCUAUGCGGAAAGCGACGAAGAUUCAGCGCCUGAUGUUCCCGAGCUUUGGCAGACUCAUUAUCUUGAAUUUCUACCUUUGCAUCUGCCUCUCAUGAAUUGUAAGACUGCCCCAGUUGUGAUGGGCGUGCGAGAUCUUCAAGAGUUUAUUAGCCCACAUAUAAAAAUAGUUGAGGCUGUUUGUAGUCCUCAUCCACAGAGCAAAGUUGUCAUGGAACCACCGUCUACUUGUACCUCCGUGACGUUUUUGGGGGAAACCGAGUCUAUCACAGAUGUUUUUACAUCGUGGGUAGCUCGGGAUGUUGAGAAUCCCGAGAAAGUGCAAUUUAUCUGCAUGUGGGGUCAUUGUCUACAUCGAAUGGAAGGGAAGGACGAAUUAGCUGCACAUUUUGAUGUGCAUCUCAAUCAAUACGUCACCGACUUCACUGGGGGCGAGAUAUGGCAGUGUCCGAUUAACAGCUGUAAUCAGUCGGCUGACUCAGCAUUGGAUCUACGAAGGCAUCUAGCCAUGCACCAAUUCCAUGCUCAUGCUCAGUAUGUGGGAUUCUUGCUUAUUGCGGCGAAGAACGAGUUCGCAGACGUUGAGAGGUGCGGUUUUCCACCGUCUCUCGACAUCACCUAUUCGGGCGAAGUCACCUACUGCCUUUGGGACAAAUGUCAUCAUGAUUUCUCCGACCCUCUUGAUCUCUUUACUCACGUUAUGAUGCACAUUGAUUUUCUCAAAAGCGACGACAGAGUUCGCGAGGAUGAUCCUAGAUCACCAGCAUUGUUCAAAUGCUCAUGGGAGAACUGUUAUCGGCAUUUCGAAUCUAAAGGAGAUUUGAGAAAACAUGCGCGACAUCACAGUGGAGAGAAGUAUUGCGCCUGUCCUUUUUGUGGGCGGUUCUUUGCGAGGCCGGAUAAACUGUACGAACACUUGCGUAAGCGUAUCCCCAUUCCAAAUAACGAUGAAGAAUCGCAUUUAUGCCUUUUAUGCCAACGACGGUUUGGGGAUGAACGUUCGCUAGUUAAUCAUGUUCGUCGUCAUAUCAAUGGGCGUCAGUGCCCAACUUGUGGGCUGGCUGUUCCGCUGCCCUCAGAUUUACACAGACACAUACUUGUAAAGCACACGGAACGUUCGAAAUCAUUCAUUUGUGAGGAGUGUCACAAAAACUUUUAUUGCUUGAGUGAUUUGAAUCGUCAUGGCAAGCUCCAUGCUCCUCCAAAUGAAUUAUGUCACGUAUGCGGUGAGCGAUUUCGGUGGAAGAAACAACUGGAUAAACAUCUGUUAUCUCAUUCAGAGAACAGUUCAAAACGACCGUACCUUUGCCAUAUAUGCGAUUCUACAUAUGUUACUGGCCAUGGCUUAACGCGACACCUUUCAAGAAAGCAUGAUUGUCCAAUACCUGAGGGUUUCAGUAGAUUCUCAUACAAGAAAUGUGGUGAUGGAUGUUACCGACUACAAACGCGCAAGCUGAUUCGAACUGUUUUGUAUGAGAAAUGAGAUAGCUGUGUAGUCAUUUUUUUCUGUUCUUAUUUACGAGUGUGGAUGAAGGGUACCUGAGGAUUGAUUUACCUUUAGUCACUACUGUUGAUAUAUGUUUCAUGUAUCUUAUUGUUGUGGAUUUGUACAUACUGGCAAUAAAUUCUCAAA